AGCCCACGCCCACUAUAUACUUCAGCAAAAGAUUUAAGCCAUUUCAACAAUGAUUUAAAUCAUUUUAAUCGGUGUCUGAACAUCUUCUGUUGCAUAAAAGCUACACACUAGAUACAUAAUCGAAUUGUAUAAAUAUUUCCAAUGCGAUCAUGUAUAGUAGUGUAGUAUUUACUACAGAUUAUUACAAUUUUACAUACACUCCUUGUCACGCUGUUGGCUUCGCACAGACAGCCCCCACCCCCUUUGGCAGCAUCUUUCUACAGACACACUACGGGUUGCAUAACUCGACUUCCCUAACAGUGUUUCCCAUCCUGUCAGUGCACUGAGACUCAAACUGAUCCGUGGGAGAGAAAAAUUAUGAAUUUAUUUUCGGCAUUACUGAGAUUGUUUCUGUUACCUUCCGUUCUCUUUUCCGGUCACAUGACUUUAGUAUACAUCCUUAUCAUGCAGUAUAUCAUGCAGAUAUAUUUUCGCCAAUUAUUUUAUAUGUUAACCCCCUCUACUGUUAUUAUCUAAACCAGCUGAGGCUAUCCUCCUACAUGUUGUCUCUCUUAUUUUAUAAUGCAGACAGUAAAUAUUUUCUAUUCGGCUGAACGCAGUAGGAACUCAUCAGCAGUCCCAAGUUUUCCAAGUAGUAUUUGCAUUUAGAUAAAUUAACAAAUAUUUACAUAAAUACUGUAAGAAACAUCGAGUCAAUUUCGAUAAUAAUUAACACUUGUCUCAGCAAUAAAUAGUCUAGUCUUUUACGGUCGUUUCCGGAGACGGAAUGCUAUUUCCGGCUGAUUGAUCUCGCUUUAGCAAAUCUCUGUAUUUAUGGAGGUAUUUAAAUAAAAACGUUGCUACGAUUCAGAAGAUACAGGAAAUAUAUUCUAAUGCUUUUACUUGAAAAAGCUUCAACAAAAGAGGCGUCACUCUAAAUUGGUUCUUACUGCGAUAUCAAUUGUUAAUAAUUAGCCUGUGUUGUUUUCCUUGUAGAAAUAAUUCUAGUAGAUUCGUAGACUGAUAAAAAACACUUCAAGGGAAAUGCCGGCAUAAAUCGACAUUCGUGAGAUUCCACCCUCUUUAAAUAUGCACAACGCAUUCGUGACGUCACAAAAGACGUAGUGGAAAUAAUGAUCGCAGCCGAUGGCAGUAGUCAGGAAGACCCGAAAACAAGUUCAGAUACGAAGCAGACUUCCAUAGGAUGUAUUUACAGCAAGUAUACAUGGGCCAAUCUGAAUAGGCCUGCUAAAACCACCUUUCACCGAGAUUAAUAACACACGACGCCGUGAAAAGUAAACAAGCGUCGAAUGAAUAAAAUCGUUCGCUUAUUCGUGUUUGCCUCGUCCUCGCGUGCUAUUAACAGAGCAGUCAAUUAUUACCAUUUAUUAGCACACUCGAAGAAUACAAAUAAACAGAAAAGAAGGAUCCUGAAAACAUCAGAGCCUAAGCGAAUAGGAACGGGUUAUAAGAACAAGUACAAACGUGAAGCAGGAAAUGAUAUCUUAUUGGAGAACGAACAGUAAUUUCUAGAUUACAUUUCAUACGAAGCCCCCGCUUGAAUGGCGAUGAUGUCACGACCCGUGGUCCAAUAUCGUACGUGCCUAGCGGAAAUAUGAUAAAUGGGUGAACUCGGCGCUUUGGUAUUCAGAAUAGCGAGGAAAGGAUUGGUUAAGAUGUCGCACUUCUCUUUGUUACGACGCUCACGGUCGCAAACGCCGACCGCAUCAGUACUGGUGGAUUGUCAAGUUGUGUUGUUGGAUAACAGCGAGUACACUUCCCGUCUAACCGGCGAUACAGAGGCGCUUACUCUAUUCAACGGGGUGUGUGAUCACACAGACGUACCUCGAGACGCGAGGAGAUACUUCGGUUUGCAAUACGUUGAUCAAAAUGACGGGGAGACAAACUGGCUGGAACUUCAUAAACCAAUUUACGGACAACAAAAGGAUAAGACUCUCAGUGUUCAAUUCGUGGUGAGAGUAUUCCCGUUAAACCCUCUUCGCAUGGAACCUAUCGUUCAGCGCUGGAUUUUAUUGCAAAUGAAAGAUCUGUUGUCUCGGGGAAAAGUUAAAGUGUCUCUGCAGAAGCACGCACUUUUGGAUAGCUACUUCGCCCAAGCUACUCUCGGCGAUUACGACACAGAUAAGCACGGGCUAGGUUACUUAGAGGAUUUAUUGGGGUCAACGUUCUUUGGUCACCCUAGUGGUAUCAACUCGAACAUCGAUGUGAGCGAGACGAGUUAUGUGCAAACGGUCACGAUGUUACACCAGUCACGUAAGGGCAUGACAGCUGCGGAGGCGAUACAGGCGUACUUGGACCUGGCCAGCAGCGUGCCAUUUUACGGUGUGCGCGCACACCGAGGCGCUACCACGGAAAAGGGGGUUCGUGUUGUUAUUUGUCUGUCGCUACGAAGUCUGCAGGUAUACACGCAAGACGAGUACGACGAGCCAAACGAGCUAUUACAGGACUAUGAGUGGCCUUUAGUAGACUCUAUCACCGCAUCUAAAGCAAAGUUCUAUUUCUCCUGUGCGACUAAUGAGAACCAUAAAGAACAAGGCACCGUUUGUUUACGGUUUCACGGGCACUUUGGCUUCCAGCAAGCGGACCGAGUAGUGUUAGACGCUCUGUGCUAUCGUAACAUCGCGAUAGAGGCGGUCGAAAAACACCCGAGCCGCCGCCAGAAUUGGACGAAAGAGGACGGCGUAGGGGCUAUGCGAUUGGAGAGGGCUAUGUCAGCCGGGAGAGAUCGGAGACAGAAUCCCAUGGCAUCCCUGCGUAAGCAAAUGAGGGACUCUAAUGGCGGUCACGUAUAACACUGGGAGACGGGUGUGACAUAUAGCACCACCAAGCAGAGAAACGAGAGGGCUGUGGUAGUCCAGGGAAUAUAGCACCACCAAGCAGAGAAACGAGAGGGCUGUGGUAGUCCAGGGAAUGUAUUAUGGUCGCAUGGACACAUCACCGCUAGACACAAAAGAUGCGAAAAGUUAAGGGAUACAAUAGUUAUUAUACAUAAAAGUAAGAGACAGAGAAGGAACUACCAGACUAGAAGGUAAAAGAGGGGCUAUGACACUCCAGGAAAAUUAGUGUAUAAUUGGGGAUAUAUACUAACCAUGCGAAAUAACUAGAAAAUUAUAGACAUGCUACAUGUACAGUCACUAGUAUAGUCGAGGGACACGGCGCCUAGUCAUGAUUUGCUGGGGGAGGGGGAGAGGAAAGAAGGUAGUCAUGGAUAUCAUAUGGAAAAUGUAUAGUAUUUGAUAAACUUUCAAAAACAAAUUAUCCACUUUUGGGGGAUAGCCCUAAUAAGCCUAAUAGUGUAAUAUCUUAGAUAGCACUGCCAAGAGGGAGGAAGGAGCGCUAGCAUUAUACAUUUAACCAGUUGAACAUCGAUGAUAAUGACACAUUAAUAAACACAAUAAAUAUUA